AUGCUGGCCGCUAACAGACUAACAGGGUGCUUCAGAGUUAUCCAAAGAAGCUAUAGAUAUUUUUCUAGACUAGAAAAGAUUCGAAUAGACACUAGACUGUCUAGCAUAGUCCCAAUGGAAACUCCUCAUCAAGACAUGGAGAUACUUCAGAGUGACAAGGCAACCAGCUUGAAACUUAAGAUGAUCGAGGAAAUUAAGGAAAAAGGACCAAUGAGCAUUGCAAGGUUUAUGCAUCUCUGUCUUGCUGAUCCUCAAUAUGGAUAUUAUACUACGAAGGAUGUCAUUUUUAAUAAAGGUGGCGAUUUUACCACCUCUCCAGAGAUUAGCCAAAUGUUCGGAGAGAUAGUUGCUAUAUGGUAUGUAGCGGCAAUGCAGAAAUAUACGAACCUGAAGCAUUGUAACUUUGUAGAAUUCGGCCCAGGAAAAGCGACUUUGAUGUGAGACAUGCUUAGAUCCUUCUCCCAGCUAAAUGUUCUGAGCAACAUGACAUUUAAUUUAAUUGAAAUAUCUGAGAAUUUGCAAGAAGUCCAGAGAGAUAAUAUCAUUAAAACUCUCAAGAACAGAGGUAUUUAUGUUUCGAUAGACAUGGAAACCCAGAACUUGUAUGAAGAUUCCUUAAACAUCCACUUUAAAUGGAGUGAAAAUAUUGAUAAGAUCAAGGAGGAAGAAGCCAAGAAACUUAAAGAAAUAUCGGACAAUGCUAAAGCUAGCUUUCUCAGUUUGAGGAGAGCUAUUAAAAAUGAAAAUCCAUACUUCAUUAUGGCUCAUGAAUUUUUCGAUGCUAUUCCUGUUUACCAAUUCAUUUAUGAUGAAUACAGAGGAUGGUUAGAGAGAGUCGUAGAUAUAGAUAAAAAUAAGAAAAACCAGCUUGACAUUGUGGAGUCAGAGAAGCCCACACCAAACGUAAAGAAAUUGUUGCAACCUGAAAAGACUUUUAAUACUCAAGAAAUGAGAGACUCGCUAAAGACAGGAGAUAUGAUAGAAAUUAGUCCGCAAUCUCAGAAUAUCAUGACAGAUAUUGCGGAACUUAUUAGCAUUACUAAAGGAGCUGGGCUCAUUAUUGAUUAUGGAGAAGAUCAGGCACUAACUCACUCUGUCAGAGCGAUUAAAAAACAUAAAUAUCUUAGCGAGCAAGAAAUGCUUCGCCAACCGGGGAAAGCAGAUGUUAGCGCAUAUGUUAACUUUAGGGCUCUAAGGGAUAUUUCUGAGAGAGUCCCUGGUUGAAUUGCAAAAGAGCCUAUGCCUCAGGGAGCUUUCUUAGAAUCCCUUGGAAUGGGGCUUCGGUUGCAAGCUCUUGCUAAAGGAAGCCAAGGAAGACCAAAUUCAAAAAAAAUAAUUAAGAGUCUUGAGGAUGAAUAUCUUCGUCUGGUUCAUCCGGACCAGAUGGGAGAAAUCUACAAAGUUCUUUUUAUAGGCAACAAGCAUAUUGGAGAAAUCUUUCCUUUCAACACAUCUGAAAGUGUCAAGGAUGAAUAUGAGUAA